AUGUCCCUCGAAAUACAGCAAAACGAACGGACCAAGCGAUGCUUUGUCGAGCUGGAAAAACGGCUAGACGACCCGGAAAAGCAGCAGAUUGUCGCCGGACUGGCGCAGAAGGAUGUUUUAACGGUUGGCGAUGUGAAGAAAAUUCAGGCCCUCAUCCCUCCAAAUUUCCCGGCAUUUUUCAUCCUGCUCAACGAAUUUCGACGCGUGAGAGAGCUGGAUUAUCAGGCCAGCCCCGCAUUCCGCGCCAAAACCGAGCAGCUAAAACGCAAAUUUGAAGACUAUGCCUAUCGAAAGUUGGUGGAAAGCGUCGACCCGGCCCAAUCAUACGGCGCAACCCCGUUGAUGGCCGAUUUUGGCUCGGAUUUCCGGUCGAUGAACCGCCAGCUGGGCACGGUAAUCAAUUUCGCGAUCACGGUCAUAGGCGGGUUCUUUUUCGGCUUCAGCGGCGUCACCUACGCGUAUCCAUCUAGAGAUUGGGAUUUGGCGACGAGAUUCCUUAUCGGCCUCGUGCUGGCGACGAUCAUCUUCUUUGCCGAUCUGUACUUUCUGAUCAAGAAUAUGGACGAGGAGCUGGCGCCGAGGCCGAAUGCCGGGAAGCUUCACGAGGUUCCCCUGGAUCUGAGGGCCCUCGCCGGAGACAAGGCUGCUACAAAGACCGCGUCAGAACAGCCAAAGGAAAAGGACACUGUAGCGCCGAAAGCAGUGCCGAGGAAAAGCCGAAAAGCGAAGAAGGACGAC